GAGAAAAAUCACACAUUAGAGACAAAAAAAAGUUAUCAGCCGCUGUUUUCCGGAGACAGUUAUUAGUUGAUAAAUGGCGCCAAAGAGAGCAACAACCCCAAAGAAGAGGCUAACUUCUGCAGUGGACCAAGAAUCUGUUGGUGAUGGCGGUGGUGGUGGUGGUCUGUUCCAUGGUUUGAUCUUUUUCUUAGUCGACAUUGGAGUUCAACCUCGAAGAUUACAGAUUUGGAAGCAAAAGUUGGUGCAAAUGGAAGGGACAGUUGAGGAUCAGUUUUCAAAGAGGGUCACUCAUAUUUUAGCUAUGAGCUCGAAAGCACUUCUUGAGAAAGUGUGUAAAGAAAGCUUGAUGCCCUUUAAAGGAAGUGUGCUUCUUUACCAGUGGUUGGAGGAAAGCUUGAAAUUAGGAGAAAAGGUCUCUGAAGAGUUGUACAGUCUAAAAACUGAAGCAGAAGGGGAUAAUGAAUCACCUAAAUCUAUUGACCGUGUCAGAAAUAAGUCUGAAGGUAGCCAAUCUGAUGAUAAUGAAUCACCACGUGAUAAAAAGGCCAGACAUUCGCCUGAGCAUGCUAGUGUUUCACCAGCAGUUAGUAAUGAGAGUCAUGGAGUGAAAACAAGAGAUGGGACAAAUAAUUCUGGUGGAGACUCCAAUAAGGAUGUGUCACUGCCAUAUGCUCCUCCUGAUUUAAACAGGAACAUCACUGAGAUAUUCGGAAAGCUUAUCAACAUCUAUAGAGCAUUAGGAGAGGAUCGUAGGUCAUUUAGCUAUUACAAGGCUAUUCCUGUGAUUGAAAAGUUGCCAUUUAAAAUUGAAAGUGUGGACCAGGUCAAACACUUGCCUACAAUUGGGAAAUCAAUGCAGGAUCAUAUUCAUGAGAUUGUGACUACUGGAAAGCUGUCGAAGCUGGAGCAUUUUGAGACCGAUGAAAAGGUGCGGACAAUCAACCUAUUUGGGGAAGUUUGGGGUAUUGGUCCAGCUACAGCUCUUAAACUGUAUGAAAAAGGCCACCGCACGUUGAAUGAUCUGAAGAAUGAGGACUCACUGACACAUUCACAGAGGGUAGGGUUGGAGUAUUUCGAAGAUAUCAAGAAAAGGAUUCCUCGCAAGGAGGUUCAAGAUAUGGAGCAUCUACUUCAGAAAGCUGGUGAAGAAGUUUUACCUGGGGUAAGCGUUGUCUGCGGAGGAUCAUUUAGACGCGGUAAAGCUACUUGUGGGGAUAUGGACAUUGUAAUUACACACCCUGAUGGGACAAGUCAUAAAGGUUUUCUUGCUAAAUAUGUAAAGCAUCUGAAGGAUCUGAACUUCUUAAGAGAGGAUUUGAUCUUCAGCACCCACAGCUUAGAGGGUACUGAUUCAGGGGUCGACACAUAUUUUGGUCUUUGUACAUAUCCUGGUCGGGAGACGCGGCACAGGAUAGACUUGAAGGUUUACCCGAGGGAUAUAUAUGCAUUUGGACUAAUAGCGUGGACGGGAAAUGAUGUCUUAAACAGGAGGUUGAGGAUUAUUGCUGAAUCCAAGGGAUACCGACUCGACGAUACAGGGCUGUUUUUGGCUACUCAUGGUUCAGAUGGGAAAAAGGGUGCUCGAGCAACUAAAAGUUUGAGUCUCAAUACAGAAAAGGAAGUGUUCGACUUCCUGGGCUUUCCUUGGCUUGAACCACAUGAGAGGAAUUUGUGAUCUUGUGUCUCUAAUAGUAGUCUGUUGGCUUUUCGGCUGUUGUUUUUUAGUACCAGUAGAAAUGUAAAAUGUACUUGUAUGUAUAUAUUUGUUGUAUGGUUCUGAAAAAAAAAUAAUGUAUAUUUAAACUAGUUAUUCAGGUCAGUUUAUGUAGUAAAGAGACAAGUUUGAUUCUUGUCAUAACCUGGUACUCCUGUUCCAGUUUA